UGGGCCUCGUUACGUAAAGCUGUUACGUUUCAACCGGCAGAGGUUGUUACUUAAGCAACUUCUCCAGCCCAGUCGCAGCUGAAAAGUUAUCGGAUCGCCACUUAUCCCAAAUCCACCGACAAGAAAAAAAAGGGACUGAUAGGGACUAUUGCAAUUUUUAAAGAUUUCUUCCGCUCUUCUUCUGUGCUCAGAAAACUCGCCAUGGCCCUCAGAGGUGCUUUCUCACGCCUGCUCACCAACAGCCAAAAGUGUGUGGCUGUCACAGCCUCCCGAGCUCAGGGCACAGCUGCUGCGGCGCCCAAAGAUGCCGAGGAAGUCAAAAAGCCAGCAAAAGCACCCAAGGUGGCCUUCAACUGGCAGGACGCUCUGGAUCUGGAGGGUCAGCUGACAGAGGAGGAGAUCAUGAUCCGAGACUCCUUCCGCAACUACUGCCAAGAAAAGCUCAUGCCCCGCGUCCUCAUGGCCAACAGAAAUGAACAUUUCCACCGAGAGAUUGUUUCAGAAAUGGGAGAGCUGGGUGUUCUCGGCCCGACCAUCAAAGGUUAUGGAUGUGCCGGCACCAGCUAUGUGGCCUACGGUCUGAUCGCUAGAGAGGUUGAGCGGGUGGACAGCGGAUAUCGGUCUGCCAUGAGCGUCCAGUCAUCUCUCGUCAUGUACCCGAUCUACUCCUACGGCACCGACGCCCAGAAGGAAAAGUACCUGCCCAGGCUCGCCCGGGGAGAAAUUCUGGGCUGCUUUGGCUUGACCGAGCCAAACCACGGCAGUGACCCCAGCGGCAUGGAGACGAAGGCCAAGUACAACCCAUCCAGUGGUACCUUCUCCAUCAGCGGAGCCAAAACCUGGAUCACAAAUUCCCCCAUGGCGGACAUCGCGGUGGUUUGGGCCAAGUGCGAAGAUGGAAGAGUGCGGGGCUUCAUCUUGGAGCGUGGAAUGAAAGGUUUCACCACCCCUAAAAUUGAGGGCAAGUUCUCCCUGAGGGCAUCGGCCACCGGAAUGAUCGUGAUGGACGAGGUUGAAGUUCCCAAUGAGAACCUGUUGCCCAAGGUCUCAGGUCUUGGUGGUCCCUUUGGUUGUCUGAACAACGCCCGGUAUGGCAUUGCCUGGGGGGCUCUGGGAGCUGCAGAGUUCUGCUUCCACGCCGCCCGACAGUACACCCUCGACAGGAUCCAGUUCGGCGUGCCUCUGGCCAGGAACCAGCUAAUGCAGAAGAAGAUGGCGGACAUGCUGACCGAGAUCACAGUCGGACUGCAAUCAUGUCUGGCUCUGGGGCGGCUUAUAGAUGAGAAAAAAGCGGCGCCCGAGAUGAUCUCCAUGCUGAAGAGGAACAGCUGUGGCAAGGCCUUAGACAUCGCCAGGCAAGCCAGAGACAUGCUGGGAGGAAACGGCAUCUCAGACGAGUACCACAUCAUCCGCCACGUCAUGAACCUGGAGGCCGUCAACACGUAUGAGGGAACUCAUGACAUUCACGCCUUGAUCUUGGGCAGAGCGAUCACCGGACUGCAGUCAUUCACAGUUGAAAAGUAAAUGUGUCUCCACCUACUUCUGAAUAAACACGUGUAAUUUAUUACGAGCAGUGCCUGGUGCCUGGAUUAGGAACGAAUACUGAAUUUACUGCCUCUGUGUUUUUCCAUUUCUUUUCUUUUUUUUUAACUAAAGUUUUAAGGUCAAGCUUAAAACCACUUUGCUCAAAUAUGAUGUUUUUAUUGUGUGGUUAAAAUCCUUCAACUGUGCUAAACUAUACAUAUAGGUUGGGGUACUAUGAGCUGAAAUAUUUUGUGAUUAUUUGAAAUGUAAAUAAAUAGCUUUGAAUGAAUGGUAAUUUAUGAGUGAGUGCAGAUUAAAUACUGUAUAUAGAGAUAUCACAAUUUCCAUUGGACUGAUAACCUGUUAAGAUGGUAUAAGUACUUCAUACUGAGGACUGCACAUCCAAAGUGUGGUAUGAUGCGGAUGUACUGUGGAAACUAUCAUAAUACAAAAUAAAUAGUAAAAUGUUAACAGAUCAGAGAGGAUAAAUCCAUUCACUUCUUGUUUGUUGUCAUUUUAUUUAUUAAGAUAA